UCAACAUUUUUUUUGGCAAUUAUCAAGGAUUCUGAGAACUGCAGUUCAGUGCCGUCAUUACCGUCACUUACGCGUCACAUUACCACUACAGCCUUUGCGCGUCCAGGCUGAACUCCGACGCGACCCUUGCUAGCAGCUUCCCCAGCUCUGCCUGCCCCACCACCCCUCAUAGCUCUCCUAUGAUCCAACGGCUCAUUGCUUCGUGAUAUCCAUCCCAGGCGAUACGAUACGAUAUCAGGUAACCAUUUGAACGCACGUCAUCUACUUUGGGACUCUCCGGGCCUUGAAGAAUUGCGACCAUAUCACAAACCUUUUAGACCCCUAGAGCAAACUCGCUUGCUCAUAACUACUCAGUACACCACCACCACAUUCUACCGCCGCCAAGAUGUUAAUCAAAGUCAGGACACUUACCGGCAAGGAGAUCGAGCUGGACAUUGAGAGCGACUACAAGGUCUCCCAGAUCAAGGAGAAAGUCGAGGAGAAGGAGGGCAUCCCGCCCGUGCAGCAGAGGUUGAUCUUUGGUGGCAAGCAGAUGGUGGACGACAAAACCGCUGCCGACUAUCAGCUGGAGGGCGGCUCUACGCUGCAUUUGGUCCUUGCGCUACGCGGUGGCUGUUGAUGAGUGGGGGACGAGCCAUGUACUCGAGGAGGAAUACCUAGAAAUCAACGCCUCGAAAACGGUGCCAGGGAGUUACUGCGUGGAACAUAGAACCGGGGAGAGACAACAAUAAUAACCACUCCAGAAGCUGUGUGGUAGGGUGAAUGACACCAGGUCGAUGCGGUGCCUCUGAGAAGGGUGGCACCUUGUGGCUUUGAUACACCCACGAAGCCAUAGGCUACGACUGGGUCUCUAUAGAAAUUGGCCAAAGGCUGGGUUUGCAAUGACCACAGUCUAUAUUGUUUUGUUACAUUGCGUAAAGGCGAGUAAAUCAAGCCCAGGUGAUCAGGACUAUCUCACCGCUGAUGACCUGAUAAAAAAUAUGUAGCAUGUGUGCUUCAUUUAAAAAUAUAAACCUUACUGUCGCUAAAGUGCAU